UAUCGCAGUCAGUUGAAAAAUAAACAGAGAAGCAAACACUUCAAAGAAAGAAAAGUAAGGAGGAGACAAAUUAAAGCGAAACUUUGAAUAAAAAAGCAUAAACCGAUACACAAGUGAAACAAGUAUUGUUGUGAACAGUGAAAAAAGUGAAAAAAGUGAAUAUCAUAUAAAGAUGCCUGCAGUAGGAAUUGAUUUGGGAACAACAUAUUCGUGCGUUGGAGUGUUCCAACAUGGAAAAGUUGAGAUCAUCGCCAACGACCAAGGCAACAGAACAACGCCGAGCUAUGUAGCGUUCACUGACACCGAACGUUUGAUUGGCGAUGCGGCCAAAAAUCAAGUCGCCAUGAAUCCGAAAAACACCAUCUUCGACGCCAAGCGAUUGAUUGGCCGCAAAUUCGACGAUCCGAAAAUCCAAGAGGACAUGAAACAUUGGCCGUUUACAGUGCUCAGUGAAAAUGGCAAGCCGAAAAUUGUGGCCGAGUUCAAAGGAGAACGUAAACGAUUCGCACCAGAGGAAGUCAGCUCGAUGGUUUUGACAAAGAUGAAGGAGACAGCCGAGGCAUAUCUGGGCGAAUCGGUCACCGACGCUGUAAUCACAGUACCAGCCUACUUCAACAACGCACAACGUGAGGCAACAAAAGAUGCUGGUGUGAUUGCCGGGCUCAACGUGCUUCGUAUCAUCAACGAACCAACAGCAGCCGCCUUAGCAUACGGAUUGGAUAAGAAUCUCAAGAGCGAAAAGAACGUGCUCAUCUUCGACUUGGGUGGCGGUACAUUCGAUGUAUCAGUACUGACCAUCGAUGAGGGCUCGCUGUUUGAAGUACGAUCCACGGCCGGUGACACACAUUUGGGCGGCGAAGACUUCGACAACCGAUUGGUAACACACUUGGCCGAGGAGUUCAAACGCAAGUACAAGAAAGAUAUGAAAACCAAUCCACGAGCACUGCGACGCUUGAGAACGGCAGCCGAACGAGCCAAGCGUACACUAUCUGCGAGCACAGAGGCCACCAUCGAAAUCGACUCAUUGUUCGAGGGCAUCGACUUCUACACGAAAAUAUCGCGAGCUCGUUUCGAGGAAUUGUGCGGUGAUUUGUUCCGAGCCACACUACAACCAGUGGAAAAGGCACUGGCCGACGCCAAAUUGGACAAAUCCAAGAUUGAUGAGAUUGUUUUGGUCGGCGGAUCAACGCGCAUUCCAAAGGUUCAAUCGCUUUUGCAGAACUUCUUCAACGGAAAACAACUGAACUUGUCAAUCAACCCAGACGAGGCAGUUGCAUACGGUGCAGCAGUACAAGCAGCUAUUUUGACCGGUAGCAAAGACAGCAAGAUCCAAGACGUGCUUUUGGUUGACGUAACACCACUCUCAUUGGGCAUUGAAACGGCCGGUGGAGUAAUGACGAAGAUCGUCGAACGGAAUGCUCGCAUUCCAUGCAAACAAACGCAGACAUUCACCACAUACGCCGACAACCAACCAGGCGUUUCGAUUCAAGUGUUCGAGGGUGAGCGAGCCAUGACCAAGGACAACAAUGUGCUGGGCAAAUUCGAAUUGAGCGGCAUCCCACCGGCACCGCGUGGCAUUCCAAAAGUUGAGGUCACAUUCGAUUUGGACGCAAACGGUAUUCUGAAUGUGACAGCGAAAGAAAUGAGCACCGGCAACUCGAAGAACAUCACCAUCAAAAACGACAAGGGUCGGCUAUCACAAUCCGAAAUCGAUCGAAUGUUGGCCGAAGCCGAGCGCUAUCGAGACGAGGAUGAGAAACAACGCGAGAAGAUUGCAGUCCGUAACAAUCUCGAGGGCUAUGUGUUCAGCGUGAAACAAGCAAUCGACCAAGCCGGUGACAAAUUGUCUGAAGAAGAGAAAUCGAAGGCUCGCAACUGCUGUGAAGAAACAAUCAAAUGGCUUGAUGAAAACGGACUGGCCGAUAAAGAGGAAUUCGAACACAAAAUGCAAGAGGUCAGUCAACUUUGUUCGCCAAUCAUGACAAAGAUCCACACGGGCGGAGCAGGCGCCGGAACGAGCAACUGUGGCCAACAAGCCGGAAACAAUUUCAACAACUAUCAAGGACCAACCGUUGAAGAAGUUGACUAAAGUGACAAAUUGAAAUUAUAAUUCAUCAAUAGUUUAUAAGUAGGUGCUAAGAAUAUGUAAAUAAAUAUGAUAGAGAACUUAAGUCAUACAAAUGUACUGAAAUCGAGGAAGAAAUCACUCUUUGCAUUACUUUGCAAUUACUUUUCAAAACUAUCAAAUUACUUUCUCUAUUACUUUUUGGCACGCUAUUACUUCAGUAAGAAUUUGAAAUGGAAAACAAUUUCUGGUUCGUUCUUGAAAACGACAUUGGUUUUGAAAUACUAAUAGAUAUAAAAUCCAGCUUGAAAUAAGUUUUAGCUGAGUUUUUAUUUUUAAGAUAUAAAAUAAAUUAUAUACAAAUUUCAUUUUUGUCAUGCCGCAUUUGGAAUAAAACGCAAUCGAGCCCACACCAAA